GGGAAUACUACAUUUCUGGGGUUACGAUGUAGCAUCCGGAGCAGAAGAUGGCGCUGAUACACCAAUAAGCCGAAUUCCAACUAAACAACUGAAACACGAUUUACAAACCAGCGUUUGUGCGAUCACAGCGUUCGUUUCUCUUAGUUUACUCCAAAAUGCCAGCCAAAAGACGUCUACAAAUGGGCCAUGUCGAUCCACCACCUUCCAAAAUACCAGUGUCUGUGAAAAGCAAACAACACUUGACUCAUACCGGUACUAAAAGUUCCCGGGCAGUUAAGGCCAACACCACCACGCCGAAAAAAGAUGCACCACUAACAGAGUUGGAAAAAUUGGACUCUCUGCGAUCUAAAUUGGAGCAAUCACUGGAUGCGUUCAUCAGGGCCAGGAAAGAGCUAGAGGAAAUAUUCCCAACAGAGGGCAGCAAUGAACAGGAACAUUUACUGUCUGCAUCUACACACUUGAAAGCUGAGCUGAAGCGGCACAGAGAACUGGCAUCCAGAAUAGAGACAUCCGUAAAAGGCAAUUCCGAGCAAAAGAAUCCCAGCCAAGGUACUGUGAGGAUGGGUAGCUCCUAUGCAUUCCUAAAGUCUAUCAUGGAUUAAGGUUUUUGUUUUGCGAUGUAUCCCGGCAGCCGACAGCUAUUGGAAUUGCUCUUCAACUCGUGAAGCGCUUGUGCGUAUGAACUCGCUGAGGUAAAACUGGAGAUGGAUGUCGAAGGUGUGCUGUCAGUCGCGAGGCUGAGAUGUCUCGCAUGCCGUCAUUCGUUUGCCCAAGAAGCGUCUGCGAUGCACUGGAUAGCGGCGAAUCAUCCGUCAUGUUUGCUGCGUCUAUCCUCUGCCAGGCAACUGACAAAUUUUGAUUGCACACAAGAACCCCAAUCCAGCAACUUUGUGCAAAUAAUGUUUUUCCCAUCAGCAACUGUCAUCUCAUUUGUGGCUAAAGCAGUUGCAAUCCUGCCCACCUCUGCAAUCUAACACCUAUGAAAAGUAAAAGUGUGUGGCGUGAUUGGGUUGGGGGCGUGAGGGAGGAGGGGGGGGGUAGGUGGUCUUACGACACAGUAGUCUCUUUAUUUGGCAGUGCCUGGGAAGGCCGAGGCCUCUCUGUGCACGAGUCAUCCCAAGUAACAGCUGCUGUUCACAGCAACAUUUCCUAUUUCUGCCCAAGGUGGAUCGUGUAACUCUCACUUUAUCACCCUUAGAGGCCACGUGAAGGACAAAGCUAGCACAGCCGUAAACAGAACUAAUGUUUUCAUUUAGGCCCCUUUGAAUGUCGUACGGGUUUCCAAUGGACUUGAAAAGUGUGAGUGAGAGUCGCGGUCCCAAUUAGGGUUAGCAACCCGAGUUCCUGACAAACACUUUCUUGAUCUCCCGCGAGUGCAAAGUUUCAGUUGGGAGGAUAAAGGGAAGUACUCAAUGUACCAGCUUCUAAUCCUAAAUGACUGGCUCUUAAGUAGUGAUUGACCUUAUUCGUUACUGUGGUAACAAAUAUUUACUUUUGUUACUUAUUCAAGGACUCUAAAUGUUGUGUGACAGUCACAAAAUGAUUUGUUGCUUCCACGAAGUACAAUUGAAAUGCUUCGCUAUUGCUGCUACUGAAUGAAGUCUAAAGCCUCACGCUAAUUUCUUCAGUUCUAAUAUUUAUACCACAUUGAUUUAUCAGUUAUCACAAAAAUAUUUCUUGAUGGGAUUUCUUUAACGUGAUUUUCAUUGUAUUUCUUUUUUU